GUAAGCUACAGAUCUAAUAUUAGGCUAAAUUGUAGGCUAUAACCUGCUCUGAAGAUAUGUAGAUUUUAUGAUGCAGAAAACAAUAUGACUUAGACUUUGUAAAUGACUAAUAAUAUAAUUUAGAUACAUUUACAUUUGAUAGGACAAUCUAAUUUCAUGUGUCUUGGCGAUAUUGCAAAUUCUGAGAAUCAUUAAUGCCUUUAAAUUGGUUAAGUUCAUGUUGACUGACACGUUGAUCGUUAAGAACCACACGGUGGCGCUAAAUACUAAAAGUAUGAGUGUAGUGCUAAUCAUAAUCAACUCCUUGACAUCUUCGCGCAUCUUUUUGAUUGUGCUUGUGAGAGGGACAUGAAAAGUGGGUUGCAAACAUUUAAAAUUACGAUAAGCCAGGCCUACUUCAAUUCCAAUAUUUACAUGCAUUGAAUAAGUAAGUAGUACUCCUCUUGGGGACCAUCAUUUAUUCCGCUUGCACAGCUGUCGUGUGUAACCAGAGAUCCUGAGCAGGUAGGUGUCCUUAAGGUGGAGGAGAGAGGAGUGCGGAGGGCAGACAGUCGAUUGUUUUACAGAAUGACUGCCUUCUAUUUCCAGCAGUUCAACGAUGGAACUUGAAGCGAGAAGAACUUGUUGCGAAGGCACAAGAGACUAAAACGUAGUCUGACGGGAGGAAAGUAGAGAAGACAUUUUUUAAGCUUUAUCAAAAUGCCUUUUUAUGGACUAUUCGCUCAUUUUUAUAUUUCCAUAACACUUGGGAAAUUAAUUACAGCGGACCUGACUGACUUUUCAUGACAAAUCCACUGGCGACCCGACUGGACUGCUCUCUUAGGAGCGUGUGCGUAAUGGAAUCGUUCUUUCGAAAGAAAAAGAAUUUAAGGACUGCGGUCAGCCUGACUUUGGUUUUUGCCACUUUACUGAUGCUUCAGAAGUUAAUAACAGUUGACACGAAUUUCAAAGAUAUCAAAGUCGACGUGAAACGCAAAUGGUGUGGCCCCACAUGUAAAAGCAUAAAGGCUAUCGAAAAUGCAUCAAACGGUGAAGGCUUGCCGCCGGUGGGAAAACCCAUGGCAAGAAAAUGGGACAUGGAUACAAUUCAGUGUCAUGAAAAUUCAACCAUGAAAACCGAAGCCUGGUUUCGUCGUUUGAGCCCAAGAUUUCACGAAUUUGUCCUGCACAGACAUUGCAGGUACUACCCAAUGUUGCUGAAUCACCCGGAGAAGUGCAGCGGCGAUGUGGAUCUUCUGGUCGUGGUCAAAUCGGUUAUCGAAGAACAUGACCGGCGAGAAGCCGUGAGGCAGACCUGGGGAAAGGAGCAAGAAAUCCAGGGCUUUAAAAUCAAAACACUAUUUUUAUUAGGCACUCCAGCCACUGGCAAAGACGCGCGAAAUUUACAAGCCCUGGUCCAAUAUGAAGACCGAACCUACGGGGACAUCUUACAGUGGGACUUUAUGGACACCUUCUUCAACCUCACCUUAAAGGAGGUGAACUUUCUGAGAUGGUUCAACAUCUACUGCAGUGGAGUUCCCUUCAUCUUCAAAGGGGACGAUGACGUUUUUGUCCAGAUCAAGAACCUGGUGGAACUAAUUGGCUUUCGGGUGGAGGAGAACAGAGUGGAAAACCUCAUUGUAGGAGACACCAUUUUAGAAGCCAAACCGAUCAGAAACCGCCAAAGUAAAUAUUUCAUUCCCAAAGAGUUGUAUGAUGAUCGCUAUCCACCUUAUUUGGGUGGAGGGGGAUUUCUCAUGUCUUCUCUGGUGGCCCGCAAGCUCUUUGUGGUUUCUGAGAGCGUGGAGCUUUACCCCAUUGAUGAUGUGUUUUUGGGCAUGUGCCUUCAGAAACUGAAGAUCGUGCCCGAGCUGCAUCUGGCCUUCCGAACAUUUGGGAUCAUUAAGCGUAAAGUGACUCCUCUGAACCGGGAGCCGUGCUUCUUUCGCAGCCUCAUCGUGGUGCACAAACUCGACCCGCAGGAGCUGCUGCAAAUGUGGAGGCUUGUUCAAAACGAGGACUUGACCUGCGCCAGACAAGUCGUAAUAUGAUCACUAUUUAUUUAGACAGAUACGUUUUUUUUUUUUUUCUUUUUUUUUCUUUUUUUUUGUAAGGAAGGAUGAUGAUUACUUGUGUUAUCAACUGUAAAAUGUAAUAAAUCGCAAGUCUUUUUAUUAUUGUCUUAUCUACAGAGAACAACUUCAAACCUAAUCAAUACAGUUUUGAAUAUUACAGUGUGUAAGCCUAGUAUAGACCUUGCUCAACCAUGUUUACUCAAGUGAAUAUUGGAUUUUUUCUUCCAAUUAUUCUGAACACAUUCCUUGACUUGGCUUAAAAGAUAAAACCCACGGGGGG